AUGAGCACGCCGCUUAGGACCGACACGGAGGGCGGCCUUGUAGGGUCUCCCGCUGUGAAGAAGGAAGCCGAAGUUGGAAGCACUCUUUUAAACCUCAAUGUCAAAGAAGAAGUUGAGGGACAGUUUUCUGACGCUGAGGAUGAGACCGAAACUCCCGGACCAAGGGAGGCCGAUGUCAAAGGCGCUAGAAUUGAUGACGUGGAACAUGAGGAGUUUGGCGAGGAAUUGAGCGAAGAGGAAGAGGAUGACGACGACGACGAUGAGGAUUACGAUGAUGCGGACUUCGAGCUGAAUCAUGGAGAUCUGUGGCUUGGUGCCAGUGGAGACUUUACGAAACAAUAUAAUCGUCUGAAAGUGCAGCUUGGAGCCACCGACGUGGCGACUGAAAAGGCUGCAAAGAUGGGAUCAACGACAGCACUGACUGUUCCGACAGGGAUGAAGGGGCAGGUGGUCGCAACAGCCCGGGCCGCAGCAGCCGCAGCCGCAGCGAAAGCAAAGGCGACACGGAGCGCCACUGAAAAGGACGCGGAUACAGCGAAAGAGGAGGAACUGAGUGCGAGAUAUAGCGGGAGAAUCCGCCUUGACGCCGGCCCAGACGCCUUCCUCCGUCUCGGCAGCAGAAAAGCCGAAGGCGGCGAAAAGCGCGAGCGGGACAAAUCCGACCGCGCAACCGUCGAACAAGUUCUCGACCCCCGCACGCGCAUGAUCCUUUUCAAAAUGCUCUCCAAAAACGUCGUCUACGAGAUCAACGGGUGCGUCUCCACCGGCAAAGAGGCCAACGUCUACCACGCCACCACCGAAUCCGGCGAGCACCGCGCCAUCAAAAUCUACAAAACGUCCAUCCUCACCUUCAAAGACCGCGACCGCUACGUGUCCGGCGAAUACCGCUUCCGCCACGGCUACUCCAAACACAACCCCCGGAAAAUGGUAAAAGUCUGGGCCGAGAAGGAGAUGCGCAAUCUGAAACGUAUCCAUGCGGCGGGUAUACCAUCCCCGGACCCCCUCCUUCUCCGCAUGCACGUGCUGCUCAUGACCUUCAUCGGCGACAAGGACGGCUGGGCCGCCCCGCGGUUGAAGGACGCCCAGAUCUCCGACCCGGCAGUGCAUCGCGACCUCCUCACCCAGCUCCUCCGCAUGAUGUGGAUCAUGUACCACCGGUGCAAGCUCGUCCACGGGGAUCUCUCCGAAUACAACCUUCUCUACGUACGCAAACCCAAACCCACCCUAGUAAUGAUUGACGUGUCCCAAUCGGUCGAACACGACCACCCGCAUGCGCUGGAGUUCCUAAGGAAGGAUUGCACGAAUGUGGUCGAGUUUUUUAGGAGACGGGUAGAGGAGCAGAUUUUGACCGUACGGGAGGUGUUUGAGUUUGUCGUCCUGGAUCUGGACGGCGUCAAAAAAGCUAUGGGUGCCGACGCUAUCAAACUCGUCGAAACCAACCUAGAAGAAGGCGCGGAUCUGGAAGUCGCUUUAAUCGACGCAUACAUCGAACAGCUCCUAAAAACAACCUCAACACGCUCCUCCAACUACCUAACAACAGCCCAACACCAAACCGACGAAUCCGUCUUCAAACAACUCUACAUACCCCGAACCCUCGACGACGUUGCCAUCCCCGACGCCGAGCGGGACCUUCAACGUCUCAAAGACGGAAAUCUGGGGGUGGAUGAGGCGCUUUAUCGGCAGGUGGUUGGGUUGAGUUUGAAUGAUAAUAAGGAUAAUGAUGAGGAGGAGAGUGAGGAGGAGGAGGAGAGUGAGGAGGGGAGUAGUGGAGAAGAGGAGGUGGGGAAGGAUGCAGAUGAGGAUGAUGGGGCGAGUGGCAGUGGGAGUGAUGAGGAGAGCGAGUUUGAAGAUCGGAGUCGGCCGAUGAAGAAGGAUGAGGAUCGGGAUGUUAAGAAGGACCGCAAACGCCUAGCAAAAGAAGCAGCCCGCGAAAAACGCAAAGUCAAGACGCCUAAAGCCGUCAAGAAACGGAAGGAGAAGGUUGCGGCGGGGCGGAAGGGUGGAAAGAAGUAA